AAGUACACGACGAUGUUAUUCCCUGCGUUCAUUUUCUCAAUUUUUGCUUAUUGUUUAAACGCCCAGGAAGUACCAGCAGACGCCUAUUAUGAAGUAUAUACGGAUGAACAUCUCUUUAGUAUUCGUAAUAGUUUGUCAUCUGGUGCAACACGUCUUUUCGUCCACAUGCACUCAUCCCUAUGCGAAGAGCAAUCGACUACACCCCCGUCCACUUCCAAUGUGAUUUUCUUAUCUUACGAUUUCGUCACCACUCCCAUUUAUGUAUGGUAUAAAUCAAAAAACUUGACCAGCUUAUGGAAUAUAUCCCGCUGCGAUACACUUGUUCAUGUGAAAUCUGACACAGAUUUUGAGAUUUGGAACGGUGUAUCUUCGUCAAGAGAAUGGAUUAGGCAGCAACUAGGGCAAGACAUCGAAUUGAAAAACGACCUAGAUGAAGCUGUUAGGGUUGACAUAGAACAUGACGGUCAUAAAGAAGAGAUUUUUCUAAGAAGAAGCGAACAGGAAAAUAUAAAUGUCCCGUUUGGCUGUAAAAUAUUAGCUUUUAAUAAUAGAAAUGAAUUUAUAUUCGGUAGUGUAUUUAAUAAUCAAGAAAGGCGUGUUAUAAUAAGGAAAAGUGGUACAGAACCAUCUGCCCAUGAUUGGAAAAAGAAAGUUGAAAAAAUAGAAGAAGAAAGCUUAGAAAAUAUUCGAUCAGUUCUCAUUAGGCACGUAGAGAGAACUCUAUUAACUAUAAAACAACCUGUGAUGAUGAGAUCAUUAUUAAAAAAGUUAUGGAAAAUUAAGAGGACGCCUAAAGCCCUUUUAUCGCGAUUGAGGAAAGCUGAAACUGAAAGGUUGGAAACGAUCAACUCGGUUGUCUUUUCUCUGCCAAUAACUAAGGGAAAACUGACGGACAAUGAGCACGAGAUUACCAAAAAGAUGGCAAAAAAAGUCGUAGAGACGUGGAGUGGGAGGGAGUUAGCGAUCUGUAGGAUGUCUCAUGUUAUUAGUGUUGGUAAGGAUACGAAGAUGUGGCGUCAAAUAAGAACGCCUGACAAAGAAGCAAUAGCCGCUAUUAUACCACUCGAAUCAGAUCCCGGAGUCAAAUGGCCGUUGGUACUGGAAGCGCCAGAUGGCGUUCUCGAGACUAUAGACGACCUUAGCGUUGGUGAAAUGCUAGUGUUCGAAGGUUCGAAGGUGAUUAAAAGUAGGCCUACACCUUAUGCAGGAAGUUUGUACAGAUUUGUCGAAUUACAUUGCGUUCCUUAUGCAUGGGAAUGGAAGUAUAACGAAAAAAAUAUGGUACUCAGGCACAUGGAUCAUAAAAUACCGUUAAUACCAAUAGGGCAUACAGGAGCUACUGUGCACGACGAACUUUAAAAAUGAAUCAAUUUAAAAGAGAAUUACCGUCAAGACAAAGGCAAGAAUAGUGUUUGUAUGUAUUUAUGUGUGUCGGUCUGUCGGUCUGUGUAGUUUUCUAAUUUUCUGUUAUAUAAUCGGUUUGUUUAUGUUUGUGUUUUAGCGGGUAGGAAAAAGAAAAGAUUAAUUAAAAAAACGCCUAGGCCAAGUAGAAUCUACCUAAUUCCUACCAGAUGCCAAGAUAAUACAGGAUAAGAUUGCAAAACAGCAAAAAAAACGUUUUCUUUACCUUAUUGACGUUUAGUACUUGUUCGUUAACAGCACGAAAUUAUCGGAAAAAAGUUUUCAAGUAAAUAUUAGCUUGUCGUGUCUUUGAAUCCGCGUCAUAUCGAUCAGACGCUUGAUCGGAAGAAAAGGCGUCUUGUAAGGGCUGACUUAAUGAGCAUUAUUAGCCUGGAAUCUGGGCUCGUUACUCUGACCUGGAGCCGUCGCGAAUGAAAAGGAUUAUGGGCCGAGUCGGAACGAUGAUGGAUGGGCACGAAUUAUCCGAGAAACGGUUAAUCACUAAUCCUAAGAAUUAUGCGCUUAUUUCCAGUAUAGCGUGAUUCAACCGUUUCCCAAGUCCUUUAAUCGCCUCUAUUAUAUGUUAGACGCCUCUUUUAGUAGAGGAUUUCAGGGCCAUACCCUCAAUUUUUUAUAUUUACAAUGGUUCAUUUUAAGGGUGUAAGAACUAGAAAAAUGUUGUUAUACAACCGGCAAUUACCUUUAAUUUUUUAUGAAUAAACGAGAGUUAUUUAGCUUCACAAUUUUCCAUGAACUUUGCGUGCAAGGUAGGCGAAGUAAAAGAAGAAAAAGACUGGCAGUAAAUUCCACUCUGUCGUGG